UUUUUUAGGCUCCUAAUGGCUCAGAUGCAGUUUCUCCAAGGCUUUGGCUUACUUUUACUUUUAUAUAUAGUCAAGAUUUGUUUCGUAGAUUUGAUGUACAUUUAAGUAAAAGUACAAUGGAUCCAACUUCAAAUGCCCUCUCAAAGGAUGGUCAUUAUGCAGCUGAAGCAAACACCUGUACACAGAUCUCAUAAGUAACUGAUAUUAAGCAUAAAUAAAAUAUGACAUGAUUAUAUAUAAAUCAAUAUAAAUGUAUUACAUUAUUAUUUUAUUAAUAUUAUAUUAGGUAUAUAAUAAUAAUUGCUAGACCUCUGAUAUGUUUACUGUUAUACCCUAAACCUAUACCGACCCCUGUAAACUGACUGAAUGACCUGUUGUCAUUUUUGUAGUUGUUGUGGUUGUUCUUCUUCUUCUUAUUGUAUCUCUGCACACAGUAUGUCUGUACGUUUUGUUCGUAUAUGUGAGGAUGCGGAUAAAAGAGAGAUUGAGAUCGUUGGGCCUAUCAAUGAAUCCAUGGGACUUGCUGAGACUUUCCUACAGACCUCCCAAUUUCAUAAAAUCAUGAAAGGUGCAGCAAAUGUGCCCAACUUUAUCUACAUAUUAUUUAACUUUCCCCGAGCUAAUAAAUUGACACAUAAUUACAGAAUCCUGAAUCAUUUGUAUUAAUGGUAAAUAAAAACAUGUAUUUUGAGACUAAUGUCCAGAACAGAGAUAAACUCACAAUAAUGAGAGUCUAGAAUGUCAUAUCCUGUUUAUUUAACUGUAUUGCUGAAUUUUGGCAUCGUGUGUUCUAAAAAUAACUUUCAAGCUUACUUUGCAAACUAAUCAGAAAUUGAAAUGUGAAAUCUUUUUUUCCAGAAAAAAAUGAAAUUUGUCAUGACUACAUUUUUGGAUGUUGCUUUAAAGGAGAUAAAUGUAUGGGCAUCCAUUCUACUAUGCCAUAUCAAUGGGAGGUGGAGAAUGGAUGUGGCUGGUCACGUAUCCCAGAUAAUGAAGGCAUUGAGAGAGACUACUGUGACCCAGCAAAGACAGAGAGUGAAUUUUAUCCUCAUGAUCCGCGGUCACAGCAAAGUUCGGCGACUUGCUACGGUUUCCUCCCUGGACCAACCAGAAGCUGUCCUUGCUACCAAGUGGGCUUGGUACUGGGAAGAAGAGGAUGAAUGCUGGAAUGCAUUUUGGUCAUCAACUAUGGAGGACCUAGAGAGGGUGUACAGUGAUCCCUCUCUUGGCUCAGUGUUUGAGUUCACUGCAGGACGACACACCUAUGAAGUCAAUUUGGAAGGUAGGCUGAUAUUAUCUACCUGCUUUAGUAUCUACCUGCUUUACUUUCUGAACGGAGAAAGAUAUUCUUUUUUAGACAUGAUCCAGAGUAACAAGAGCUCACACACCCUAAGAUGGGUCAGAAGACGGCCGAUCUUCAACUCUGCCAUAGAUGUUCAGAGAGCAAUUUGCACAUCCAAUACCAACACUUCGAUUGUGCCACCUUACUGGGACCAGUCUCGAUUGCCUGGGAUCGGCUUUGAGAGAGUUAUGUUGUCAAGCUCAACAGGUGAACACGAAGAUAUCAAGGCCCUUUUUGAGAAAACUGUGGUGGGGUUUCAAAUACACACCAUUGAGAGAGUACAAAACCCAGCCCUAUGGAAGUUCUACAUGCUACAAAGAGAUCAAAUGAAAUCUUCCUUGACAAGCAGCAAUGAGAAGCAGCUUUUCCAUGGUACUGACUCCAAAUACGUUGACAGUAUUUGCAGAGACAACUUUGACUGGAGAAUAUGUGGAAAGAAUGGAACUUCCUACGGAAAAGGAAGUUACUUUGCUAGGGAUGCUCAGUACUCACACAUAUACACCAGCCAGUCAGGGUUGAGGUCCAUGUUUGUUUGUCAGGUGCUGGUGGGAGACUACACUGUGGGAAACUCCAGAUAUGAGAAACCACCUCCUAAAGAAACCGGAGGAUCCAGCUUCUAUGACAGCUGUGUGGACAACAUUCAAAACCCCAGAGUGUUUGUAGUUUUUGAAACGCAUCAGGUUUACCCCGAGUACCUCAUACAGUACAGUGAUGGUCACACUCAGCCAAACCCUGCUCCCCAGCCUGGCCCUGCUCCUCCACUAAACCCUGCUCCCCAGCCUGGCCCUGCUCCUCCACUAAACCCUGCUCCCCAGCCUGGCCCUGCUCCUCCACCAAACCCUGCUCCCCAGCCUGGCCCUGCUCCUCCACUAAACCCUGCUCCCCAGCCUGGCCCUGCUCCUCCACCAAACCCUGCUCCCCAGCCAAAUCCCUCUGAUUCAGAUGAACCUGCAUUUAAUUGUUGUGUUCAGUGCUUGAUAAGGACUUUUCGUUGGCCAUUAUACAUUUGUGUUCGCUGCUGUGAUGAUUGACCAGGCCUUAGUGAAUACAGUGGGGGGGGGGGUCGAGGGAUUUUACAAAACACUCCUAGUUUGUGUCAUCUGCCGUCGAACUGUCUUCAUUUGAAAAUGUAGUUAUUGUCAUUUGUAACAAUUUUUGUUCUCCAUUUGUAAUAUAUC